CUCGAGUCCCACCACGAACGUUUUCAGAAUCGGACCCGAAUUUCUAACCCAUCGUCGCCGACAACUUCUGUGCUGGGUCACACAGUGCCUCUAGCUCUCUAGCAUCUUUGCUUCACUCAAGAAAUCUCAUAGACCUCUGUGCUCGUUCAACAUCGGCCGACAUCUGCUUCUGUAUCGAUAUCUCUUGGAUCUUGUAGCUCUAUUUCUUGCAUUCUUGCUCUUGCUCUGGUGGCAGCCAUGCCUAGAGGUGGUAACAAUCGCGGAGGACGUGGGGGAAGAGGAGGAGGAAGAGGAUUCUCCAGAGGCCGUGGUGGCGGACGGGGAAGGGCGAGAGGAAGAGGAAGAGGCAGUGGGCUUGGCUUCAUGUCCAUUGACGACGACGAUUUUGAUUUUGCGCUCGAUGUGCGAGGGAACGAUUCUCCCCGCUCUCGCGGUCGCGGCCGUGGCUCAAAUACACCAAGAGGCCGGGGUGCCCCAUCUUCCCCCUCGACUCCCUCACAUCAGAAUAACCAGAACUCGAAUCAAAACCAAAAUUUUCCCUCUCGCGGCCGUGGUCGUGGUCGUGGCGACUUUAUUCCCAAUGACCCCCGAGGCGGUCGCGGUGGUCGUGGCGGUAAAUCCACACGCAAGACAUUCGGACCCCUCUCUGAGCAGCUGUACCAGGAAAGACCGUUCUUGCGGCCUAUCACGUUCAUCAAGAGUCAGUUGACGCCGAGAUUGUUCAUGGAUGAGGAAGAGAUAUUCGAGCCUGUUGUUGAGGCGGCUGGAGAAGAAGAAACAUCCCACGUCCCCACCGCAGACCGCGUUUUCCAAGUCUUCCAUACUGGUGAGAAUGAGCUCGAAGAGAUUGAUUUUGAGGAUAUGGGCAAGUUUCAGGAGAAGGUCGAGGCUUUGGCGGCUACUUCGCUCACCACAGCCGCAACCACUACCACGACGACGGCUGUUACCACCUCCGCCCCUCUCCUUAACAACGUCACCACCAUCUCCGACAACGUACCACAGCUGACCACCAACUCCGCCCUUGUCUCCGCCGAGGCUGCCGAUUCACCUACUGUGCGCCCGGUCUCUCUAGCGGAGGAAGCUGAUAUCGUGGAAGUAUCAUUGGAAAGGUUGAGCUUCAGGGAAGAAGUCACAGCGAUACACGCGGAAGAUUAUCGUGAGAUGAAUUUGGCAGAGAAUGCAAUGGUUGAGGGACCAGGAACCGCUGAGAUUAUAGAUGUUCGCGAGCCCGAGGAUAACGAGGAGGGGAAGGUUAAUACGGGUGAGAGGGUUGAGCAGGAAGAGAGUCAGGAAAGGAUGGACACUCAAAUCCAUGUAGAACGACCGGAAGCAGAAAAGGAAGAAGAACAGUUCACAGGCUUUUUCAUCGAUACCACACCUGCCCCGAACGGUAAUACUCAGCAGCGUAUACUUGUGGAUCGGGUGGAGGGCGACGUCCGACCGUUGGGACAGGGCUCAGAGCGGGAGCAGGAUCAGGACGAUGAGGUUAUUGUAUAUGUGGCGCCGCACCCGAAGGUUUCGGAGGUGGCGAUGGCGGAGGAGGAGGAGAGGGAAGGGAGGGAGAGGGAGAGGGUCGAGGCGACACUGCUUCCACCGUUCAAUCCCCUGACGAUGUCGUUCCCUACUCUUGCGUCCUCGCUCGCCUCGUCGUCCACUAUUUCCCCUCCAUCCAUCCCUACUCCCUCCACAGCCAGUAUCGAAACACCAACCACAAACACGACUCCCCACCCACUCUCCGCACCCCCCGCUCCCUCCUCAAAUCGCACAACCCCCGCUCCGGAAAAAUCAAACGGCGAGCCCAAGAGCGGAAAGCGAUGUUUGGGACAUUCGGGGGUAUCAGGAGAGGAGGGUUCGGGAGUUAUGGAGCGGCGAUGGAUGAGAGGAGGGUGA